UAAUGCGAAGAGAGACGCAUACGUGAAACGUUUCUAGUGCGGACAGAGACAGACAGAAAGAGAGAGAGAGAGAGAGAGAGAGGCAGGGAGUGAGGGAGAGGGAAAACCCUAAUCCCAUUCCUCUUCAAUCGUCAAAAGAUCGGUGCGGCUCUCUCUUCGAUCCUCUCCCAUUUGCGUAGCUGCGCCCUAAGAUUUGGGGAAUUCGAUCGCUAAGGUGAUCAAUGGCCUCGAAGAGGAUUUUGAAGGAGCUGAAGGAUUUGCAGAAAGAUCCUCCAACAUCUUGCAGCGCAGGUCCUGUUGCAGAGGACAUGUUCCAUUGGCAAGCAACCAUUAUGGGACCUGCUGACAGUCCCUUUUCUGGUGGUGUUUUCCUCGUGACAAUCCACUUCCCACCAGAUUACCCAUUUAAGCCACCAAAGGUAUCCUUCCGCACCAAAGUUUUUCACCCAAAUAUCAAUAGUAAUGGUAGCAUAUGCCUUGACAUCCUCAAGGAGCAGUGGAGUCCUGCUCUUACUAUAUCCAAGGUGCUCCUAUCAAUCUGCUCGCUACUUACAGACCCAAAUCCAGAUGAUCCUUUGGUACCAGAGAUUGCUCACAUGUACAAGACCGACAGGGCCAAGUACGAGGCCACUGCCCGCUCCUGGACUCAGAAGUAUGCCAUGGGGUAAAAAUGUAAUAUGAUCCUUGAUGGAAGAUGUCUCGUUCCGAAAUUUAGCAGUACUAUCAUAUGUGGUUUAAACGUAGAAGUUGGAUGUUGUAUGGUCGUCUUUGAAUUUGACGCUUUCUCCUGUUUUGCUGACUGAUGGUGCUUAUGUCUGCUUUGGUACUUCUUAAUAUAUAUAGUUAGGGUUAAGCCUUUGGUAAGUGAAACUCGGAAAACUGCAGCUGUAGAAAUACAAAAUGCAGAAGCCUUAUCUCAACAGUAUUGCAAAGUCUUACAUCGGAAUUGUGUUGGCAAAAUACUAGUGUGCGUAUUUUUUUAUGGCUGAUUUGAAGUUUCAAGUUUUUUUUA